AUGUCUUCUAACGAUAGAAAGUUAGCAAAUUUCGAAACUAUUACUCUACCAAAUGGUGUAAGCUAUCAACAACCAACAGGUUUAUUCAUUAAUAAUGAAUUCGUUAAAGCUUCUCAUGGUAAAACCAUGGAAGUAUUAAACCCAGCUACUGAAGAAAUAAUUACAUAUGUCUCUUCUGGUUCCCGUGAUGAUGUUGCAUAUGCUGUUGAAGCUGCAUCUCAUGCUUUUAAUGAAACAAAUUGGGCUACUCAAGAUCCAAAGAAUAGAGCUAGAAUUCUUUUGAAAUUGGCUGAUUUAGUUGAAGAAAACUUGGAAUUAAUGGCCGGUAUUGAAACUUUAGAUAAUGGUAAAACUUUAGCCCUUUCUAGAGGUGAUCUAGGUUUGGUCGUUAACUGUCUUAGAGAUGCAGCAUCUUACGCUGAUAAGAUUAAUGGUAGAACCAUUAAUUCUGGUGAUGAAUAUAUGAAUUUCACUAUUAAAGAACCUAUUGGUAUUUGUGGUCAAAUUAUUCCAUGGAAUUUCCCAGUUAUGAUGCUUUCUUGGAAAAUUGCUCCAGCUUUAGCCAUGGGUAAUGUAUGUAUCCUAAAGCCUGCAUCUGCUACUCCAUUGAAUGCAUUGUUUUUCGCUAAUCUAUGUAAGCAAGCUGGUGUUCCAGCAGGUGUUGUUAACAUCCUUCCAGGUUCUGGUAGAGAAGUUGGUAAUUCAAUCACAGAACAUCCAAAGAUUAGAAAAGUCGCUUUCACUGGUUCUACUGAUGUUGGUAAAGGAAUUGCAGUUAAUGCUUCUUCAUCAAACUUGAAAAAGAUCACUCUAGAGUUAGGUGGUAAGUCUGCUCAUUUAGUGUUUAAUGAUGCUAACAUUGAAAAGACUAUUCCAAACUUAGUUAACGGUAUCUUCAAGAAUGCAGGUCAAAUUUGUUCUUCUGGUUCAAGAAUUUAUGUUCAAGAAGGUAUUUAUGAUAAAUUAAUGCCUGCAUUCAAAGAAUUCGUAGACAACAUUAAAGUUGGUAAUCCAUUCGAUGAAUCUAACUACCAAGGUGCAAUCUCUAAUAAGGAUCAAUUCGAUACUAUUAUGAAGUAUAUUGAUAUUGGUAAAGAAGAAGGUGCUAAAAUAUUGACUGGUGGUGUUAGAGUCGGUAACAAGGGUUUCUUCAUUAGACCAACUAUCUUCUAUGACGUCAAUGAAGAUAUGGAAAUCGUUAAGGAAGAAAUUUUCGGUCCUGUUGUAACUGUAUCUAAAUUUAAGGAUAUUGAAGAUGGUGUUGCUAUGGCUAACGAUUCUGAAUUCGGUUUAGGUGCUGGUAUUGAAACUGAAAACUUGAGUACUGCUCUAAGAGUCGCCAAGAUGCUAAAGUCAGGUACUGUUUGGGUUAACACUUACAACGAUUUCGACUCUAGAGUUCCAUUUGGUGGUGUUAAGCAAUCCGGUUACGGUAGAGAAAUGGGUGCUGAAGUGUAUGAUUGUUACACUGAAGUCAAGGCUAUUAGAAUUAAGUUGUAA